UGGAAAACCAACUUAGCAAGCGCACGCCAACCGGGGAAACUGGUCCAUCUUCGCGGAAAAUAGAUCCGAGAACCAGCCAGGAAACAUAGUGACGAUGCCACCCCCGUCGAGGCGCCUUCUGAUCUUCCAGGAGGCGCGUAAUCCGCAAAGUCCAUCCGAGAUUGUGUAUCUUCCCGUCAAUAAACUGGGGCUACCGAUUUGCGGUGAUGGUCCGGAAAUGCCUUCCAUGUUGGAGCUGCCGUUGCGCAUCCUGAAAGCGUUUACGGAUAUUUUCAAUCAGCCGAAGUAUAAGGGGUGGGCGUUGGUAGGUGCUGGGCCGUACCACGAUACUUCUGUAGAAGGGAAGUAUUAUGCUGUGGUGCUCGAGCAGGUUCAGGAGGUCACGGCUGCCUAAUGUAUGAUGAUGAUGUAUGAUGGAUGGUAUGCUUUUUCAUGUUGUAUGAUCAUGAUGAUGUGAUGCCUUUUGCCUGUCCGCUCCUUAUUUAGUCGUUCACUCCUUCCUCCUUUUCAUGUUCUUUUUACUCUCUUCUCAUAGAUGUGGGUGGACUUGUGCUGCUUUUUGAUUCCCAUUCUUUUUGUAUUAACUGUGGCUGUAC